UUCUACUGCGAGUGUCCGCCGGGAAAGACGGGACUCCUGUGCCAUCUGGACGACGCGUGCGCCUCCAACCCGUGUCACGCCGGCGCCAUCUGCGACACCUCCCCAAUCGACGGCACGUACAUGUGUUCGUGUCCGCUCGGCUUCAAGGGCGUGGACUGCACUCAAGACGUGGACGAGUGCCGCGAGAGUGGCUCCCCCUGCGAGCACGGCGGCACGUGCGUCAACACUCCGGGCUCGUUCCGCUGCGACUGCGCCGUGGGGUUCGCGGGGCCGCGCUGUGAGGUGAACAUCAACGAGUGCGACUCCAACCCCUGUCUCAACGACGGCACGUGUCUCGACGAGCGCGGCUCCUACCGCUGCGUGUGCAUGCCAGGCUAUUCGGGCAUUCACUGCGAGCAGGACGUGGACGAGUGCCAAUCGAACCCCUGCCUCAGUGGCGCCCUCUGCACGGACCUCAUCAACGGCUUCCGCUGUCUUUGUCCGCAAGGCUUCGAAGGCCAGCGCUGCGAACGCAACCUCGACCACUGCUUCAACAACCCGUGUCUGAACGGCGGCUCCUGUCAAGACCACGGCAACGGCCACUCCUGCGCGUGCGUCAAGGGCUUCUCGGGCAAGAACUGCGAACUCAACGUGAACGACUGCGAGUCCUCGCCCUGCCACAGGGGGCGCUGUCAGGACGGCGUGAAUGGCUUCCAGUGCGUGUGCGACGCCGGCUUCACUGGCCUGCUCUGCCAAUCACAACUCGACGAGUGUCUCUCCCAGCCGUGUCUCAAUGGCGGCCUCUGUCGCGAUCACGUGAACGGCUUCUCGUGCGAGUGUCCACUCGGCACCACCGGCAACCACUGCGAGUACAACGUGAACGAGUGCUGGAGCAAUCCCUGUCGACACGGCGGCACCUGUCGCGACCUCAUCGGCCACUACGAGUGCCAGUGCCCGCCCGGCUUCGGCGGCAGCGUCUGCGAAGUGGACCUGGACGAGUGCGCGUCCAAUCCCUGCGCGAACGGCGGCUCCUGCAUCGACAGGGCGAACGGCUUCAAGUGCGUGUGUCCCAAGGGUUUCUAUGGCAACCGGUGUUUGUCUGACGUGGACGAGUGCGCGUCCAACCCGUGCCUCAAUGGCGGCACGUGCGACGACGAGGUGGGGCGCUACGUGUGCCACUGCCCUAAGGGCUUCUCUGGCGCGCGCUGCGACGUGGAGGUGAAUGAGUGCGAUUCGAACCCGUGUCAGAACUCCGGCCAAUGUCUGGACUUGAAGUCCGGCUUUCAAUGCGUUUGUCAGAAAGGCUUUUCGGGAAUCCUGUGUCAAUCCAAUGACAACGACUGCCAAUCGGAUCCGUGUCUCAACGGCGGCGCAUGCGUCGAUCUGGUCGGCCGCUACCACUGCCGCUGCGCGCCCGGCUUCUUCGGCCACAACUGCGAGCGCGACGUCGACGAGUGCGCGUCCAACCCGUGCGCGAACGGCGGCUCCUGCAUCGACCGCGCCAACGGC